AUGGCUCCCAAAAAGGCCGCUAAAAAGCCCUCCGUUGCCGCGGACAACGCAGUCACCCCGACGCAGAGACGUGACCGUUUGGACGCCUUCGUACGACGCCUCAGCCCACACGUGGUUGACAAUAACAUCCUUGAAUUCUAUCUGAGAUCAAACGACUGGGACCUCGAGACCGCGCAUGCCGAGUACAUCCAAGACCGGACGAACCAUCUCGAGCUCCUCAGGGGCCGUGGCGAUAGAGACGCAGAUGAUGCCGAGGCGCAGGGGCUCUUCAACGCCUCGAUGGUUAUAUGGAAUGACAAUCCAGAGCAGGAGCGUCGUGACGCCGCGUAUGCAUUCAACGAACGUGUACGAAGGACCACACUCAACACCCAACAACUCAGCAGGACUGAGGCUUCGCUCUGGCUCAACAUAAACCACUGGGACGUUGGACUUGCCCUGAGGAACCUAACUAGUGUCGCUGGGAAUGCGGACGGUAUUCGACAGAUGCUCGGUCGCCGGUACGACCGUAUGAGGACCCCGCUGGCCGCUCCGAAAACCGAACGAAAGAAGCAAGGCCAGGACAAAACGGCCGAGAAGAUCGCCGAGGACAAGCGACAGGAGCAAAGAGACGAGAGACUGGCCGAGUUUAUAAAUAUCACCGGUCGCCCAGAUUGGUAUUCCUUGCUGACUUUCCUGGCAGAUCGAGACUACGAUCUCGUCCAAGCUGUUCAAGACUGGUACACUGACGGCGUGCCCCCGUUCAGUGGCACCACCAAGCGUGAGAACGGCGGUAUGAGAGAUGGUCCUGACGGUAAGCGGUUACCAAAGCCCAGGCCACAAGACUGUGUGCCAAGAAGCACGAUGCCGAAGAAAAAGCAGGUCAACAUUCCCAAUGACGAUGACGACUCCUCGUCCUCAUCAUCCUCCUCAUCUUCCGGCUCUGAUGAGUCCGAAGGCGAAGACAACUUCGGAGAUGAUCUCGACAGGUUUCUUUCCGAUUCAGACGCCGGGUCUUCAACAGGAUCGUCGCCGGCGCCGUCAUCGUCGACCCCGUCAAAACAACAGCGUGAGCGUGUCCAGGGUUUCAUCAUUGAUGAUUACGCGGACGCUGCAAAAGCAAGCGCUCCUAACCCGCACCGUUAUCUCCUCGAGUACAUCGCCAAGGGUAAGUAUCACUCUAACGUGUUCGAGAAGCGGGCCAGUCACUGGUGGCCCGACAGAGGCCAGGCAGAUCCUGGAGCCAAUUCGGGCCGAGUCGUGUUUGACUGGGAUCUCCAGAAGCACGUCAACGGCCUGAAUGCUUGGUGGCGACAGAACCGCAGUCGAGUGGCAGACGAGAAGAAGCGGGCGGCUUCUCAGAAAUGGUCACAAGAAGAAAACGACUUCCUCUACGCAUUGAACCUGGAGUUGCUGGACCAGCUGAAGCAGAAGCACCCGACGAAAACUGAAGAUCAGCUUGUCCCUCUCGUGGUACCGACAAAGACCAAGGAGGAGUGGGCCAAACGGAUCAACGAGAAAUUCGUGGGUCGACUGAUGCCUGGGUCUACCGAACCAAGAAGACCACGCGAGUCGGCCGCUCUGAUGACGCAGCGAGGCCGAUGCCCAGCCAUCAUCGAGAAGUUCAAGGUCCCGAAGGACAAGGUCUACGCAGCGAGCGCCAAGAGGGCAGAGGAGAAACGCGCCGAGAAGGGGAAGGCAAAGGACACGAAGAAGCAGGAUGAAGGCAAGACGCAGCAAAGCCAGACGCAAAGCCAGAAGGGGAAGGGGAAGGGCAAGGCUGUGGAUGCCGAUGGAGACUCGGCCAUGUCUGGUGUAGAGUCCCUGUCUUCAUCAUCCUCAGGUGGCGAGACCGCGAGACCGCCGGCAUCGAGAAGCCCUACUCCUCCGGAAUCGACCCCUUCGAGGUCAGAACGGUCUACUUCCCCCGUGGACCUGGAGGCGCUUCAAGCCGCAGCGAUGUCUAUCGUGAAUGACGCCAACGGGCGCGUGACGGAACGUCUGGCGAACGCUGGGAUAAAUCCACAGGAUAGUGGCUUCGCUGAAACCCUGCGAGAUGGCUUGAUCGAAGAGAUUGAAGACCUGUUUGCGGACGGUGGCAUGGACCCCAUGCUGCGAGAUUCUGCCCGUGCUUUCAUCGAGACGCAAUACCAGCAGACAGUCAACCAGCCUUCUAGGAAACGCACUGCGAGCCCCGACAGCAGUUCUGACGACGGACAGCCCGGCCCGUCCAGAGACCCAAAGAGGCGAAGAUAG